AUGGAGCAGCUUGGCCUGGUCUGGGUGCUGCUGGCCGGCACCUUGGCUGGCACCUUGGCUGCCAGCAGCACCCGUGAGCAAGACCUCGGCCCCAUCAAGAGGAUGGCGAUGGACAUGGCCCAGAACUCCUUUGAUGACCAGUACCGGGGCUGCAGAUACAAGAUGGAGGAGGAGCUCAAGAAGCUGUACCACACUGAAUUCAAAAACCAAAUCUAUGCGAAGACCUGGAGAAGAGCAGUUCAGAAGUGGAAGUAUCAAUGGGGCAACUUCAACCACCCGCAGGUGCUGCGGAAGGAGCAGGCAGUGGCCGUGCUGGCGUACACUGCCGGGACAGGCCUGUACAGCCAGUUCAACGCGGCCGUGCGCGAGGGUGGGCGCUCCCGCAAGUACUACCUCCAAUACUUCCCCUUCAAGACGCUGCACUUCCUCCUGACCGAGGCCCUGCGCACCCUGAGGGAUGCCCAGGGCCACAACUGCUACCACGUCUACCGCGGCGUCAAGGGCAUCCUCUUCACGGCCCACCUCCAGCAGACCGUCCGCUUCGGUCAGUUCACCUCCACCUCCCUCAAGAAGGAGGCUGCCCAGAAAUUUGGCCAGGACACCUUCUUCUUUGUGUACACCUGCUACGGUGUCCCCAUCAAGCAAUUCUCCUUCUACCCUGGUGAGAACGAAGUCCUCAUCCCACCCUAUGAGACCUUCAAGGUCGUCAACGUCACCCGUCAAUUCAGCAGAAGCAUCAUCCAUCUCCGCUCCCUUGUCGCGCGCAGCACCUACAACUGUGCGCUGCUGAAGGGUAAGGGCAGCCCGCAGGUCCUGCUGGGGAGGAGGUGA